ACACGAGUAAAUCCGAAAGGAGUAGAAUUUCCUAAUCCGACAAUCUUUUCAAGUAUUAAACUGAUUCAUUAGAUCCACAGCGAAUGGAUUUGACUGGAAACGAAACGUCAUAUUCUUUGUGAUUAAUCUAAUGAUCGUAAGGGCAAAUCGAGCGUGAAAGUGGUUUAAAAAAAUUAAUUAUCGGUUCGGAAAUUAGAUUUACGUAACUGUCGAGCUCCGCUGCUAACCGCCAUAUUGUUAAGGAAUCCUAGAAUGGUUGAUACGGAUUGUUUGGGUGAAGCCUUUGCCCGAUCUUUUCACUCUUUCCACCUAUCCAAUUGAAAGAAGAUAAGGUAGGCUAUCGAGCAGAUGAUGUUUCAACUGGAUGACAUGUAUUGUUUCUAUCAUAGUCGCUUCAUGUCUUCUCAAAAGAGUAGUUUUGGCGGUCACCUACGUGACCACGCUUCUUAGAAGAAGAAGAAGAAGAAGAAAAAAAAAAACUCAGCAAUUUCUGCCUAUAUUCUCUCUCUUUCAAAGUAUCUCAAACCCUACUUUACCCAACACCAUUUUCUACCUUGUAUCUCUAACGAUAUUGCAUUUAUUUAUCAUUCGUAUUCUGUCAUCGGAACCGUCUGCAAUUAUAUUCUACCAACAUCAUACACACACACACACACACACAUAAAUACACACACAUAGCUAUAUAUACACACAUAUUUAUGUAUACAUAUAUAUAUAUACACACGCACAUACAGUUUAUUAUUAAGGAAGCUUGUUGUUGACUUCACCUUUCAUCACCGAUCGCUGAUUAUUAUUCCUCGUCGCUGUUGUUUCUUCUCGCAGCCAAAAUCUUUCCAAACCAAAUCUGCUGCCAUUUCUCUUAUAUUCAUAUAAAUCACAACACUUGUGCUCUGCUUUUUGUAAACACUCUUCACCAUUCAAGAUACCUCGAAAUCAACUGGUAUUUUCUCCGGGUUUCAUCCUUUUUAACUGCUGCUGUAACAAGUUCUCAUCCCAACUGUUCCUAUCUUCUCUCUUCUACAACAUCCCUUUUACUAACACAUAUAUAUAAUCACUAUUGUAAACAACGAACGAUGCACAUGGAUUUGUUUGAUAAACUUGGAUUAUUACUGUCUCAUUAAUUUGCCCUAAUUAGUAAUGUAAAUCGUAUUUGUAGAAACAAAAACCAAAAAAAAAACAAGACGAAAGCUUAUGCAGUGAUAAUCAUCAUUUUUAUUAUUAUUAUCUCCGAUCGAUAAUUGAAUAUUUUCCAUAUCUGUUGUGGAUGUUAAUUAAUUAUAUAUGUCAUACUUUUGACAAAAGUGCAAUGAGUUGCGCUCAACGAAAUCAAUCAACGGUGACGUUUAUUGUAAUAUUAUAGAUCAAGCGAUCAAAAGUGAAUUCGAAAAAAGAAACAAGCUCAUCCAGACUUCUCUUUGGAGUUUCCACUUAUAUAUACACACAUAUAUACAUAUAUAUAUCGUUAUUAUAUAUCAUAUAACUAUUUAUCUGUUAUUAAUAUUAUCUUUAUUGUUCCUUGGUUCUGUUUCACAUUGUUGUGAGAAGAGAACCAAGUAAGUUCGGUCGCACGAACUAACUUCCAGGAACAACUGGAGUUGGUGCGUGUACCAAGCAAUGAGUGAGUUGGAUAGAUCGAAUUCAGCGUACGACAAGAAACUGACCCACGGAUAUAAUCCUGAAGCCGAAAAUAGCAGCGACGAGACUGAUUCCUCAUCUUCGCCAUCAUCAUCAUCACCUUCUUCAUCUUCUUCAUCGUCUUGUUCUUCUUCCACAUCGGAGAACUGUACCUCUAGUGGCGGUGCCGAAUCUAACUACGACGACAACAACAACAACAACAGCAGCAGCAUCAAAACCAGCCACCACCGCCACAACAACAAUAACAAAGACAAGAACACAAACGACGACGAUGAUGAUGAUGAUGACGACGACGACGACGAUUACGGAGAUUGUCAGCACGAAACGAAAGAAUUUCGGAUUCAAGAGACGAACUUCGAUCAGGGGCAACUGAAGUUAAAGAUCUUUGCCAAAAGGAAAAGCGUCCAGACGAAACGAUCCCACGUUUGGCAACCAACAAAUACAAACAACAACAACAACAGUACCACUAAUACCACCACUACCACCACAACUACUGCUGCUGCUACCACUACUACUACUACUACUACUACUACCACUACCACUAGUAGUUGUAGUAGUAAAGCACCUGCUAGUAAGGUGUCCAGUACCUGCGGCGACGGUAGUGUCACCUCUUUGGAUAUUACUACUUCAGAUCAACGACCGCCCUUAAGAAUCACAAUAAAGCAACCUCACCAGUCUUCAAAGACCCCCGUUGGCACCUCUCAGGCGGUUAAAGAACACAAGGAAUUGAAUGUUGGUAAAAUUGACACACAAUCACAGCACCAGCAGCAACUACAAAAACAGCAGCAGCAACUACAACAACUGCAACAGCAGCAACUACAACAGCAACACACUCUGUUAUUACUACAACGGCAGAAACUGCAACAACAGCAACAACAGUCACUGCAACUUUAUAAAACACAACAGAAACAGUUGCAACAACAGCAGCAGCACCUUCAGCAACAGUACCACCUGCAGCAGCAGCAGCAGUUAGGUCAACAAAAUAUUAAAAAUGUUGACAAUGAUAAACCAAUUUUGGUGCCUGAAGCACCAUUUACAAGGAACGUUCCCAAAGUUUCUCGUAUAAAACAGAAAAAUAGAUAUCGCUCAACAUGUCAAUAUGACAGACCAAUUUCUUCCAGCACCCUAAACAGACAGUCUUCUUAUAGAGAUUGGCCUCCAGUUAACUUGGGGAAGAAUUUCCCCAGUUCUGCUGGAAAAUGUAGUUCUUAUGAUUUCCCAGAUUGCGUAAGAAAAACAGGUGCUACCACAGCAACUUGUUACAAAGACCGGGGUGGUGUUAGUGAGAGUGGUGGCGAGUGUAUUGACAGUACUGAAGAUGGUACAAGUGAUGCGUGUACAUUGGACUACCACACAUUUGCCAAGUAUGAGCAUCAGAACAAGGUUGACUUUAGUUUAGCCUCUCAUAAACAUCUUCGGAAAAAUAAUGGUGCUAGUUGUUCCGGGCCGUUUCCUGCUGAGUCUGCUUCGGAUGUAUUAAGUCGCUCUGAUGUCUCACCUGACAGUGGAAUUCAAUCGUUCCCAGGCACACCUGUAAGAAACGAAUCCCCAAGUCAUUUACUAUUGCUUAAUUCUGAUAACCACAUUGAAGGCAGCCAGUUACUGUCCAACAGCCAACUUAACCGAUGUAUUUCAACAUUUCAAAAACCAACCAGCUUAUCCCAGCAAAGUAUUGCCACAACCACAACCACCACGACCAUCAAUACUGCUACUACCACUUCUACUACUUGUGCCACCUCUCAGGUUACUCUCAGUUCAAUUAGCUGUGAUCUUAAUAGACAAAUCUGUGAUAUAAAAACAACUUCCUCAGCAUCAGAUUCAAAACACAUGGGAAGGAGGAGAGGUAGGGGGCGCCCUCCUAAAAGGGCAAAAAAUUCAUGGAUAUUACAAAACAAGAAGUCAUUGAUUUAUGCUCACUUGUAUGCAGAAACAAGAGACGCCGAGGUAAUUGAGAGGACCCCGUUUUCUAACAACAUAACAUUGCCUGAACACAUACAAGCAAACAAUCAUCACACAAAAGAUGUCAAUGAGUUUCCUUUUUGUCAACAAAUGCCCCAUAAGAUUCUGGAAAGAAAUUAUUCGGCUGAUAUUCUAGGUAAAUCUUUGUCUAGCUACCAAGGGUGCAGGUUCCAACAAGACGAUGGCAACCUUUCCCCGACUCGAGAGAAUAAACAGUCAGUCUCUGAGCAUAACCUAUCUAAUAAGAAAGUCACAAAGACUAAGUCACUUGAACCAUUUCUACAGAACACUAAAGCAACAUUAUUUGAGAAAAAUAAAGAUGUGAAUUUGUCUGUUAGCUCGAAACUACCAACUUGUGUCGAUGAAAAAUCUGGCAGCAAUUCUAAAGCCUAUGGCAGUGUGCCAUGCUUUGAUAAAUUCAACAUCCAUUCAAAUGGGAAGUCAAAUCCAGUGCUUUGUACGAGUGUGGACAGCAUAAGCAAUGCUAAUAAAACAUCUCAGUUAUCUUACCUUGCCAACCUCUUUGAAUAUGAGGGGUCACAUGACAAACAACCCUGCUUGAACAAAACCAGUGAUUUAUCUGCUGAGAAGAAAGGUAGUGAGUUGAAUAAUUCCACAGGUAUGAAUGAUAUGUCUUACCUGAAAUAUGUAGAUAACAUACAUACUGAGAACUCCUCAAAUUUCUCACGGGCCAAAAAGAAAGACAAACUGUGCAGCAAGAAAGCAGAGAGGCAAAUGUUAUCAUUGAACAGCAGUGAACAAUCAGUUUGUCAAUCAUUAGCCAACUCCUCAUCUGCACAAUACUCAUCAGACAUUUCAACCCACAAAUUUGGUUCUUUAGUUAAAACAGUGGAUGUUCUUUCAAGUAAGGAAAAAGUGGACUCUCUCUAUAAGAAAAUGUGCAUAUUUUCAGAAAACAAAAAAACUGAUUCUGCGUUUGAUAAAUCUUAUUCUAAAAAAUGUAACUCAUCUAAUAAGUUAGAUUGCAUACCAGCAUUGCAAAAGGCAGAUUUUGAUAGUUAUAAAGGCAUCAAAGAUUCAUUACUCCCUAAUCGCAGAAUAUAUGAAGAUUCUCCACCAGUUCUAAUGAAAGCUGAAGAUUUGCCAUGCUCUGAAAAAGUCAAAGAUCCACCUUGUUUGGAAGAAUAUUGUUUGCCUGGAGUUAAAAAGACUGAAACCAAACGUAAAAAGGCUGAAAAUAUGCCGAAAAUUAAGAAAGCUGAAAAGCAGUUUGUUCCUAUUAAACAGGAUCUAUCCAAGCCCAAGACUGACAGUUUUGUUCCUGCAAAUGUCGAAAAUGGUAAGAUUCUUGAAGAUUUUCGGUUGUCAAAAUCUGAAAAGGCUGAGCCAAUAAAUGACAUUGUUAGUAAUUCUUUUGGGAAGAAAUUAGAUUCUAAAAUGAAAGACGAACAGGUAAAACCCAUGUUGGAACCCAAAGAGGGCGAUGAAAGUAAAAAGGUGAAGGUAAGCAAAACUGGUAACACACUGUUGAAAAAAUGUAAUCUAGCAGAACAGAACAGUGAAACUUGUUUAAUGCAGUCGAAUAAAAAAGUUUCUGUUAAGAAAUCUGAAGAAAAAUUAGAAUCUAAAAAUAUAAAUAUGAAUUAUGUAUCAAAAAAUACUGAUUUAUCAUCAGCACCAUUAACCCCAGUACUGUCCAGAUGUGAAGAGAACAAUUUCUUAAGUAAAACAUCAUCUGUAAAUUGUCAGGCACCACCACCACCACAACAACAACAGAAGCAACAAUUCAAACAAGUUAAACAACGACAGAUUGGGAAAUCUCAGCAGGUCCAGCUGAAACAGAAAUCCACUCAACAGAAAGACACAACUUCAUCGGAGACAAAACAGAAGAGUUCAUCAUUACCAUCACAUCACAGCUCCUCGCAUUUACAACAAGAAAAACAUCUUGUAGAUUUACAAUCUCAGAAAGCUACAACACAUUUACACAAACAGAAGCAGCAGUCUGUGCAAUCAAAACAACAGCAGCAGCAGCAUCCACUGCAAUUCCAGGAUGCAAGACACCCUCCACAAUUACAAGAACAACCUGCACAACUUCAACAGAAAAAGCAAAUGCUACAUGUGCAGCAGUUUGUUUCACAGCAUCAGCAACAACCAUUACAGCCACAACAUCAUCCUCCCAAAUUACUUCAACAACAGGUUUUGUCACCAACCAAACUAUUGGAACAGUGUCGCCCUCCAUUAAACCUUCAAGAACAACUACCACCCCAGCUGUACCAACACCGACCAUCAACCGCACCGGCCAAGAUCCAAACAUCGGCCUCACUACAACCAAAAGAAUCUCACUCAAGUCCAACCAAACAGAUGCAACAACAACCAGUACUGCAUUCAAUUAAACCAAAGAAGAAGGCUGACAAUGGAAUUGUUGAAAGAAACAAGCAAAUUCCAUUGAUGAAAAAAGCCAGAUCUCUUUCCAAGAAAUCUAUCAAUAACCAUAUACAUCCUCCAGACAGUAAGGCUUCUUUAUUGUCUCAGCCUCCGCCAGCCAAUAGUAUUGAGGAACCAGUUGUGAAGAAGACUGAAGAAUCAUCUGAGAUGAAAGCCAUUGAUGAUAGGUUGUGCAGCCAAAGUUUUGUUGAAUCUCUCAAUACAAAGCAGUCAGGGACAUUUGGAAAUAACGUGGAUGGGUCAAAGCUGCCCAAAAUUAAGGAUGAUAUAGUUUUACAGAAGGAAAAGGAUGUCUUAACAGAUAAAAUAUCUUGUCAGUCUGAAGAUGACUUUGAGUCUUUCCCCAGUCAGAAGGUAAUUCAAAAUGAUGUAAAUUUUAUAAAAUCUGAUAAUUUAAGAAGUCUCCAGAAAUUGAAGAAAGGAAAGAAACUUUCAAAGCUUCAGAAGUUACACCUCACUGAUAAGAAAAAUACUUCAGAAGAACUUCUGAAGUUGGCCGAAAAACAUUCCUUAAAUGCUCCAGACUCUCCCAAAACUGAAGGCCCAAGCAAAUUAAAAAGAAGUUCGUUAGUUAGACGUAAAAAAGCUGCAUUUAACAGUAAUUUCAAAAAUCAAGUUGAAUCUCUUCAAGGAACAAUAACGGACCCUUGCAUUCGGAACACUUGUGAUUCUAAAGCUGAAUUCCAUUCGAGUUACAGAAACUGUAACGAUUUAUGUGAUAAAACCAAGACUGAAAUAGGUGGGUCAUUAAAUGGGAUCCAAGUUCGCAGAAAACCAGGAAGACCAAAGGGCUCUAAAAACAAGUCGAUGCUAAAGAAAACUUUGGCGUCACAGAAAUUACCGACCAUGUUUGAGCAACCUGAAAAUAAUGGGAUUCCCAAUAAUAUGACCCAUGAUAACUUGAUGUCUGGUAAACUGAGUCAGCGGAGCUCAAGGAGUUCUUUGAGUGGUUCAACUCAUAGCUUGUCCCCUAUUGUGAAACGUCCCCGAGGGAGACCUCGGAAAAAUCCAACUGCUAAUGCUUUACGGCCUUUGGAAAAUAAGCGUUUACGGCAUUUAGAAGAGGUAACUCAGACUGGAUUGGAAUGUGAGAACUCUGAAACCUUGGAGACUAAACGAAGAUCCGGGUUAGGGCAAAAACUCCCUUCUGAAGAAGGAGAUUUUGAUUCAUUGAUCAGGAGUGUUCACGAUUCAAUUAAAUCUCAGUUCCAUGGCCAAGAGGAAACCGAAGAUUUUAAUGACUUCAAUUUGACUGAUAAUUUAGACACCAUUGAACCCACUCUUGUUAAUGUUUGCAUUCAGCAAGAAACCAAACCCACUCGAGUUGUUCCGAAAAUCAGGAGGCCUAAGCUUCACGUGAUGAUGCGUAGGCCUCGUCGUGGACGAAGGAAAAAAAGAAGUGUUUCAUCAAACAGUCAUCAGUCGUUUCUUCGGAGCUCUUUUUCAUCAAACGUUAAUCUCCCUGCAAAAGCUACAUUUUCUUCAUUUACUUCCAAUAACAUUCAUCUUAAUCAGCCGUCUUUUACAUCAGAUGGAAAUUCUUUUUCUAGUUUUGCUGCAACAUCAACCACAAUCUCAAAAGCAGGAUUUCAUUCACAGUCAUUCAAGAAAUUUACUCGCCAAUGUGCAAAACGUAAAUUAAUCAGUAAGAAGAAGAAAAAACGGAUGCUUUAUUUUCGGUCUAAACAUAAAAAUAUAGUUGAUCCAGUAUUUCUUGCAGAUCUUGAUGUAAUAAUUGGACAAUUUGAUAGUUUGAUAAUAUCAGAAUCUCUUGAACAUCUUGCAAAGUUUAACAUGGGUGACAAACCUAUGCCAAGCAUAUUUCGGUUAGCAAAAAUUAUCAGCAGUAAAAAGAAAAAAAAGGAAAGGCAACUGACAUAUAAUGAACAGAAUAACUGCCACUUUUCAUACGAGGACAUGCAGUGUCAGCUCUCUCCACAGAUAAGCCCAACAGAGAACCAGCAGUCACCAUUCCAUUAUUUAACAGACAAAUCUAAGAAGGUUAAGUUACGUAAGGAGUUGAGAGAACGUUGCUCGAAAGAUGUUGGGGACAAAAGGAACAAAGCAGCAGCAGCUGAAAAAUUACUGAAAGACCCUGUAAAAGUUGGAGUGAAAGAACCUGGUGGGAAGAAUCGUCGAGAGGCUUGUGAAAAAGUCGUCAAGGAUACAAAAGAGCGAGAAAAAGUGAGCCGAGGUUUAUCGCUUGAUAGAGCACGCCGAUGCUCUUCACUUGACAGAGUACGAAAAGGUUCAUUAAAUAAAGUACGCAAGGGGUCGUCAUUAGAUCGAAGUGGCAAAACUUCUAGUGAGUGCCACUUUGAGAAAAAUGGUUCUGAUGAACAAAAUGGUGAUAUUAAAUUUCACAAAAGUUAUGUUAAAACUUUGAAUAAUGCCAUCGAUAAAUCCACUGAUGUUGACAAUAAGAUAUCUAAAAAUGAUACAACAUUGGAACAUAUAAAAACCAAAGAUUCAGAAUUAACUGAGACAAUUCCUGAGAAAUCCUUUGCAAAAUCUAAUCGUAAGGUUUCUGUAACUCCAAAAUCUGAUAAAUCAUUAGAAAAGUCGUGUGAUGAGCAUUUAGAAUCGGAGAAAAACAUUGAUAAAUCAUUGGAUAGUUCAAAAGUGUUAUUUCAGAAGGAAGAGAAUCUUCGAAGAGUAAAUGAGAAGAUGAAUUAUGUCGGUGCUGUUCACAGCAAAGAAAAUGCCGAAAAUUCUUAUAGAGAGAAAUGUCCACAGGAGUUGUUAGAGAAACCGCCUCAUAAAGAGUGCUUUGAUAGAAAUCGUAAAGAUUUCUUAGAAAAAUCUCGGAAAGACUCAGGAGAGAAAAUUCGCAAAGAAAUUGGAGAGAAAAGCCAUAAAGAGAAAAAUAAAGUAAUUCGUCGGAAAAGUGCCUCUGAAGAGAAUCUCUGCCAGACUGGUGAAGAGAUGAAAAUGAGCAACCAGCAGUGUUUGCCACCAAAGAAGAGACAUAAACUCUUUUCCAGUGUCCAAUCAUCUGCUGAAGGAGAUUGUCAAAUGUCAAAUGGGAAAGCUGAUCCCACACUUCAGUGCUUAAAGACACCGGAAAAGCGUAAAGUUGGCCGACCACGCAAACAUCCAUUACAUUAUGAAGAACUUCCUAAUGUAGAUUCUGGUAUGGAAAAUAAUUAUCAGUCUCUUGAGACACCAGUUACUGUGAAUAACAAUAAGAACUCAGCUUCAUAUGAAUUGGAUAAAUCAUGCAGUGAGAUGGCAUCGCUAGAUGGUUCCAGCUCAUUGUCGCAUUCACAGGCAUUUUCUUCACACAGCCGCCCUAAAUGCUCCAGGAAGUCAUCUUACGAGGAGAACAAAUGUUUCACCAACAAUAGUGUGAAGUCCAACUGCAUUUUAGAGAAUUACAAUGUACAGCAAUCCAAAGAUGGUCAGAAAGAUGCUCCACGUUUAUCUGAAUCUCGGUGUACAGUUGUACAGGACUCAAGACUUUAUAACUACGGUUCAACGGACUGUGACCGUGGGGCUGCUGCUGCAUCUGUUGAUAGCAGCAGCAGUGUUGGAAGUGUGUGUUCUCGUCAACAGAGUACAAAACUGGCAGCAACUGCUGCAGUGUCGACUGCAGGAGUAACAGCAGCAGCUGCUACUGCUGCAACGCCAGCAACAACAGUAGCAGCAGUGGUUACAGCCUCUAACACUAGCAUCACUACAUCAUCAUCAUCAUCAUUAUCAUCAUCAUCUUCUUCAUCUUCAUCAACAACAACAACAACUACAACAACAUCAGCCACAGUAGCAUCAAUGCCAGCUACAGUGGAAACUGCUGCAUCAUCAUCAUCUUCACUAUCAUCACCACCAUCAUUAUCAUCAUCAUUCUUAUCAUCAUCAUCAUCAUCAUCGUCAUCAACAGCAAAAUCUUCUACUGCUAAAAAAGACUGUAAAUCUUGCUUGGAAUGCCAAAAUCUGCAAAACCAGGUAAGUAACAAAACAGGCAAAGGGAAGACCAAGCUAGCCUCCCCUGAACAUUCACCUGAUUCGAAAAAUGCUGUGGAAAAGAUAAAACGUAAACUUGUGAACCAAAGUGUUCAACGAUUACAUAAGGCUGGACAGGUGAGGACUAAAGCUGAUUGGUUAUCACAUGCUGAUAACAGCCAAUCGAAAUCACCGGCAGAUCUGGCCAACACUGAUUAUGUAAACGAAGUGACUUCUGAGAGCCACAAUGUUCAGUCAACUGUGAUGGAUGAUGGAGUAUCUGAAGCGUGUCGUACGGACUCAAACAGACAGACUAGCAUAGAUAGCAUUUCCUCUAAUUCUGUGAUAAAUUAUGUUCAAUCAGAAAACGAGCCACUAACCGCCAUGCACAAGAAACGCCAACGGAGUACCACGGAUGAUGGCAGAAGUAAACCCAAGAGAAGACGACAAGAAGGUUCUUUGAGACAACAAAACAGGAAAACUACAGUGAGGAAUAAAGACAAAACCACCUUCCAUCAAGUUAGCAACUUUGGUCGUGGCUCACUUCCUGCUCCCCUCCACGGAGGAAAAGAUUUGCGAGAAGAGGUAUCAGAUUUUCAGCUCCCCUAUGAUAUUUGGUGGAUGUAUAAAAACAAUCAGCUUGUAAGAAAAGAUGACCAUUUAAAUUAUCGUAAAAUUAAAAAUAAUUUCUAUGUUGACAUAAAGCCAGUUUCUCGUUAUGAACUCCACCCCUGCAGCUGCUCAGCGAAAAAUGCAGAGAAAGGGGGAUGUGGAGAUGAGUGUCUGAACAGAAUGAUCUACACAGAAUGUUCUCCUGGUCUAUGUCCAUGUGGAGACAACUGUAUGAAUAACCGUUUCCAAAAACAUCUUUGGGCGCCGUGCCUAGAAAUGUUUUUAACGCCUGAUCGAGGUUAUGGUGUCAGAUCGUCUCAUCAUCUUGUCUCUGGUCAGUUUAUCCUUGAAUAUCUCGGAGAAGUGGUCAGCGAGAAUGAAUUCCGACGUAGAAUGACAGAGAAUUAUUCUCAAGAACGACAUCAUUACUGCCUCAAUCUGGAUGGUGGCGCUAUGAUUGAUGGUUAUCGAAUGGGGAACAUUGGACGAUUCGUCAAUCAUUCGUGUGAUCCAAACUGUGAGAUGCAGAAAUGGAAUGUCAGUGGUUAUUAUCGAAUGGGACUGUUUGCCUUAAAAGAUAUCCAACCAUAUACUGAAAUUACCUAUGAUUACAAUUUUCAUGCCUACAAUGCUGAUUCUCAGCAAAUUUGUCGCUGUGGAACUGACAAGUGCCGUGGUGUAAUAGGCGGCAGAACCCAGCGAUUAAAUGGCAUGAAUAAAGACAAAAAUAACAUAGCAAGACCCGUUGGCCGUCCUCCAAAAGAUAAACGUAAAUCAAAGUCUCGAUUGAAAAAAAUAAGAGACAAAGCUAAAAGUACGCAAGAUUCCUCAAGCUCAGCCUCUUCCAAGGUGCCUAACCAAUCUGUGAUUAAACCUAUGUCAAAUAGAGAACGUGGUUUUGCUCGAAAGCAUCGCAUCUUCCUUGUACGCAACAUUGAUAAAAUCCGACAGAUCCGGCAAAAAGGACACAGAUCUGAAAGCGAGAAGGAGAAGGACUGUGAUUAUUUUAGAGAUACCAACUUAUCAAAGACAGACAUGUUCCUUACCAAAUUUACUGCUCUAAAGACUGAACGUUCAGUAAAGACCAGGCGUUUGGCAAUGGCUGAUGAGAACAGUGAACUGACAAAAAUUGCCAAAUUAGCUCAAAUGUUCAAAGUGAUGAUGAAUUCAGUACGAAAAUACAAAACUGAUGAUGGCACCUACCUUGCCAACCAGUUACUCAUUUUACCGUCAAAGAAACGACAUCCAGAUUAUUAUGAACUAAUUGACGACCCAAUUGACAUUAAUUCAAUAGAAUUCAACAUCAACACCGGUCAAUAUAAGAGCUUUGAAUAUUUUGACAAUGACAUCUUGAAGCUUUUCCGAAAUUCAGAGAAAUACUUCAAACGAAAGUCUGAGAAAGGACGGCAAGUUGUUUGUUUGCGGAAAAUCUAUAAUUCUGUGAAAAAUAGUAUGAUGAAGAAGUUGCAGGAGAUCACAGGAGAAGAUGGAGUGUCGAAAUCUCGGGGUUCGGUAGAAUCUACUGAAGUCGUUGAAACGAAAAAUAAAAAAGACAAAGAAGAAGAACCGGAAGAAGAAAUCAUUCGCUGUAUAUGUAACAUUUAUAGAGAUGAAGGCCUUAUGAUUCAGUGUGAGAAGUGUUUUAUAUGGCAGCACUGUGAUUGUAUGGGUGUCAAAGGCAACGUGGCUAAUUACCUGUGUGAAGUGUGUGACCCUCGUUAUUAUCCGAAGGAAAUUCUGAUGGUACCUCAGCCAAGUGAUGCUGCAUCUGGCAACACUUAUUAUAUGACACUGAUGCGUGAUGAGAUGCAAAUCCAUGUUGGUGAUUGUGCCUAUGUAAUGAGAGAUAAUCUGCUGAAAAGAAGUUCGGAUGGAACACCUGUACGGACAUCUUAUCGUCUCCUGUCCAACAUCAGUCCAGAUAAGUUGGAUAUUUUCAGAGUAGAACGGCUGUGGAAAAAUGCAAAGGAUGAAAAGUUUGCCUAUGGUCAUCAUUAUGUACGACCACAUGAGACAUUCCAUGAACCUUAUCGGAAAUUUUUUGCCAAUGAGGUUUUCCGAAUACCAUUGUACGACAUAAUUCCAUUAGAAGCCAUUAUUGGAACUUGUUGUGUGCUUGACCUCAACACCUACUGUAAAGGACGGCCAAAAGGACUGAAAGAACAAGAUGUAUAUAUUUGCGAAAGCAGAGUAGAUAAAACUGCACAUCAUUUCUCAAAAAUAUCACGCACAAGAUAUCCAGUUCUUACGAAAUCCUAUUGCUUUGAUAAAUUUGAAAAGCGGUUGUUUCCCAAAAGAACCUACUCACCCCAUGAAGUCCCAGAGACCUACAAACGGCGUGGUCCUGGUGAACGGCACUCCCACUCAAAUGAUGACCUGCACAGCAGCAACAGCAACAACACUAAACAGUGUAACAAGAAGAGUUCAGACUCAGCUGGAAAGUCUUCAGCAGCAGCCACACAGCAGCAGCAGCAGCAGCAGCAGCCGCAGCAGCAGCAGCAGCAGCAGCAGCAGAAGACAGCAGAGACCAAUCCUGGCAAGACAGGAGUAGCGACCAGUGAUUCAGAGGAGGAUUUACCACUGGUCCACGUCAAACAACAGAAGCGUAAACAGAAAAGAGAAUAUCUUGACAAAAUAUUGCAAAAACUUUUGGCAAAUAUCCCUGGCAAACAGAAAGUAGAUGUAACAUAUUUACUGGAAGAAGGAGCGGGCAAACGACCUCGCAAGAAACCGCAGUUCAACUUCUGAAUGUCCUCAAGACUGGCCUUGUUUCUGUCAAUGAAUUUACUUUGAAUGAGGUUUGUGUCCAAACAGCACCUUGUUUCUGUGGCAAAUGGCUUUUCCACAUUUGUCAAUAGAUCCCUCGUAUCAAUGGUGAUCUGCAUUUGAAACCAGAAUACAGAGUGCAAUCUUGCAGAAGGAGAAGAAACAGAGGAAGAAGAAGAAGAAAAAAAUAAUAUAUAAAUAUAAUGAAAGAAAAAGAAACCUUUUUUUUUUUUUCGUUUUGCUCUGCCAACAUUUUGGAGGAAUGGAUUGAAAAAUGGGGAGAAAAAAAAAAAAAGGAAGUGAAAAAGAAAAAAAGAAGCAGCAAGUGAGCAGCUUAGAGUGAUUUUGACUUUUUACUUAACUGUUCAGCUUGUACUGCUGUUGUUGUUGUUGUUUGUUGUUGACAGUUUGUUAAUAAAUAAGUAAAAUCCAAAAAUACAGGCAAUACACACACGCACACACAGCUACAUACAUAUAUCAAUAUAUAUAUAUGUAUAUAUAUAUAUUCACACACACACAGACACAUACACACGCACACACACACAUACCCUGGGUCUCGUCAAGGAACUGUGUCACACUCACUACCACCACCACCACCACCACCACCACUCACUCACUCACGCAUGCUGUAA